CCAAAGGAUGGGCAGCAGCCUGUGAACUUGCAUUAUUGAAUGAUGACAACAUCACUGGGUCUGAGUGAGGGACCCAUACCUCAGGCCCCAGGGUGAGUCCUGCAGGAUAUUCAUUCCACCCCAUGGCCACCUAGGAAAUAGGGGCCAAAACCCUCCCGAGGUCACAGGACGUGUGAUGACUGGCUGCACAAGGCAGUCCUGGUGCUGGUUAAUCGCUCCAUAAAUGCCCUCUGAGGUCACUGUUAAGGGAUGCGCGGCUGCGGCACCCCCACUCCAGGCAGGUGACUUGGGCCUGUUUUCCUGGACUGUGCUGCUGACUCAGGCUCCCCUUCCCACGCCCCGCCUUCCGCCUUGCAGGCACCCCCAGGCGGAAGCACAGGGUUUGGAGCGGCAGAAAAAUGUCAGGGAGUCCGGCUGUGCACCCAGAAACCCAAUACCGUGGCCCAAGUGCGGGUGCGACCGAGUCGUCGACUAGGACAACCGUGACCUCGGGUUCGGUGGCAUUCCAUGAGCGCAGUCAUUGACGGGGCAAGUGGCCCAGGCCGGGCGGCACUCCUGGGCUCUGGCCCACUGGGAGGGGCGGGGAUGGCCUGCGUCACUGCCCGCCCGGCUCCCUCCCACCACCCCUGCCCGCCCAAACUCCACCCAGGGAAGGCGGCGCGGAUAAAGGUUCAGGGCCGCCGGUGCGGCCCCAUACCUACCCCGCCACGGCGCACUGGUUCUCGGCCCAGGUACAUUAAAGGACUGUGGUGACCUCGGACUGGCCGCGCCCGGUGAGUUGUGGGCGGGAUCUCGCGGGCCAAGGAGGGGUUCCCCGCUCUAGGCUUUUAAGGUGCCCCACUUUUCUUUGUUCUUGGGACAGGCAGGGUUUGGGAUACCUCCAGUCCUGGGAAGCACCCCUUCCCCCACGGGACGUGGAAUGGGUGGAGCGAGGCGCAGCCAGCACCCCCUUCACAGGACCUGGGCCCCUGCCCCACCCCCCUGUCACUCCCCCUCCCCGGAGUGACCUUGAGCUAGUUGCUGUUCCAGCCUGCUUUCCGGUGUGUACGGCCUCAAUUUUAUGCUUUAGAGGAUUCACACUAGCGAGUCUCUCCCCACGCCCGAAGUCGGUCAGCUUUGCCCCUGCCCGGGACAUUCUCGCGCCCCCUCCCCAGGACUCUCAGCAGCGCUCCCGGAUGGGGGCCGGCAGAGGGCGCGCCAGCGCUGCUGACUCACCGCAGCCCCGAGCAGAGCCGUGCGCGCGGGCCCCACCAGGGACGCCGCGUCACGUCAUAGCUCCGGCGGGUGCGACUCAAGAAGCAGGUCCAGCCCGCGAGACUGGGGUGGGACGCGAGGUAGCACCAGGGUCCCCCCGACACCGGCCACGUCACGAGAUGCAGGACUCGCCAUCAGCUCGUGGAGACCUCACGCCCCAAAGUCGAACCUUCCCGCGAGCCGCCGAACAUGGCCCAGCCACGAGGCGCGGGUAUUGCCCCUCGCUUCCGCUCGCGGUAGCUUCCCGGACGGACGCGGGAGAGGUCACGCGACAUCCUGCCCAUCCUGGCGCGGGGACAAAGCCGGCCCUCACGCCACACAGCUCCGGGAAGAGGUCCCGAGUCCUCCCGGGCCGCUCGCCCUUUGUUGUGGGCACCAGGCCUUAUGAAUGGCCCCCGGCGCGGGCGGGGGCGUGGGGGCCGGCUUCUGCGGCUCCAGCUCCGCCCCCGCCGCGCUCCCCUUGGCCACCGGGGCAGGGGCGGGGCCAGGGGCGGGCCCUGCGGCCACGUGGGGCAGCGCCGCGGCUACAGCCAUUGGCCGGUAAGCGCAGCCCACUAGGCCUUCGGCGCGCGCUGAUUGGCCGGCGCGGGCCGGCAGAAUCUUCGGAGCGGCGGCGGCGACUGUUGCUAAGGGAGGUGACGCGCCGAGAAACGCGGCCCGACUUAUAG